UACAAGAGCCUGGAAGCGUACAAAUACUUCACAGCUGGGUUAGUUGGAAACCUUCUGAUUGGUGGUGUUGAUGUGGCCGUGGGAUCUUCAAAGACAAAAGGUCGCCAUUAUGUCAUGACGGCUUCCGUUGGACAUUCUCAGAAACAAAAUGAAGCUUCAUUGAAGGUAUGGGUGGCUGCAAAAGAUGAUGGAAACAUUGCACAUGUAUGGCCGGAAUGGGUGAAACCUGUUCCAACAUCACUGCUGUUCUAUUUGCAGUUGAAGCAGCUAUCAGAUCAAGAGUGAGGGCUUCUUGUACUGAUCUUCCAUGCAGAUGGUUGAAUCCAGGUUCCAAAACCCAAGUAAUAUGUGUUCCUGCAUCAGAUGUAGAUUUCUCAAGGCCCGACAUCAACUUCAAAGUUCCAACUCCAAAGUCAUCUGCCAAACCCCUACCGCCACCUUCUUCACAUGCCAGAGACGAAUUCUACAAGGCAUUGUACAAUAGUGGUGUAAAAAUUACUGUGUUGUCAACUCUCCCACAGUAUAGUGCUGACUUCAUACCUAAGCUACAUUCAUUGCCGCCAUCUAUCAUGACUCACUACAACCCACAAAACUUGACUCUUAAUUACAAGCAGUUGGAGGAUAAAGCAGAGGAGGUGCUGUCAAGACUAAGCAUAACUGAUGAACAGGCUGCCGUACUUGAGCAAGCUACACGGAAACAAACCAAAUCGCCGAUUUGGUUCCAGCAGAGAGCAGGAAGGAUAACCGCAUCCAACAUUAAAGCAGCGGCACACACUAGCAUAAACAAACCAUCCGUUUCCCUAAUCAAACGAAUGUGCUACCCAGAUGCUUAUAAGUUUGAAACAUCAGCAACAAGAUGGGGAUGUGAUCAUGAGCGCACUGCAAGGGAAGCAUAUUUUAAAGUCACAGCAUCAAAGCAUUCAUCCUUCUCUAUCAAUGAUGCUGGGUUGUUCAUCAAUCCAGACACACCCUUCAUUGGAGCUACACCAGAUGGCCUUGUGCAUUGUGACUGCUGUGGUGAUGGUGUAUUGGAGGUUAAAUGUCCUUACAGUAAGAAGGAUGUCCCUAUGGAGACUGCUUGUGCUGACCCCUCAUUUUAUUUAUCCAUAUCUGACCAAGGUACUCAACUGAAGGAAAAUCUUCAGUAUUACUUUCAAAUUCAAACUCAACUCCAUUCAACCAAAAGGAAGUACUGUGAUUUUGUUGUGUGGACUCCAUCACAAAUACACAUACAAAGGAUAUAAUUUAAUGCAAAUUUCUUUAAAUGUAUACUGGAAAAGGUCUCUUCCUUUUAUAAAGUCUGUAUUUUGUUUGAAGUUAUUGGAAAGUGGUUUACACAAUCUAGGCCUUUAGCUGUGCAGGAUUUAAGUGCUACUUUUGGCAAUGAAGGGCAGCCCACAGUGUGGUGCUACUGCAGACGAGCAGAUUUGAAGGCACAAUUUGUCUCAUGUUAUUCUGAUAAAUGUCAAAUAAAACAGUUUCAUAUGAGCUGUGUUAAACUAAAAGUUGCUCCAAAGCGCAAGUGGUUCUGUAAAGAUUGUAGAAAGGAAGAGGAAUAAUUGUUUAUUAAGACAAAGAAAGCAAAUGAAGGCAAAAUUAGUGUUUUGUUUCAAGUCUUUGUACAUUUAUUUUUCAGCAAAAUUUAAUUUACCAUUUAGCAAAAAAUCUCACUUUUACUGACUGCUACCUGUGUAUGUUAAUUAGAGAAAAAUCUAAGACAUCUCAAUCAGAUUAGAGAAAGUGGUUCAGUAUCUGUUGUCAUACCUAGAAUAUUUAACAACUUGUUCAUAACCUGAAGAUGCACAAAAACCAUCCAAAAGACCACAGCACUUUUCUGAGGAUUCACACCAGUAUUAACUUUACAAACAACCAGUUUUCAGAUUUAAAAAACUGAACAACUUUGUUUCUCAAUUAUCACCAAAGCUACUAAUGUAUAUCAUGCCUUUAUAUUUUGUUAGACAGAAUCUUUUGUGCUUUGAAAUGGUUUGUGCUGUUAAGGGCACUGGACAUUGUUGGUAAUUACUCAAAAUAAUUAUUGAUUUGGUGGCAUAAAAACUAACUUGGC